AAACUUUUAAUUCCAAAAACUAAUAAUGAAAUAAUAAAAUUUCUUGUAAAUCAUCCUCAUAUUCAAAUUCAACUUAGAAAAUUUAGACAAAUUCAGAGAGAAGAAGAUAGAAAUCAAAUAUUUGAAAAUAUAUUUCUUUCAGAAUCAUUUUUUGAAAAUGAUUCAUUUAUUAAAUUAACAAAUACUUUCACUAAUUGUUAUAUUCAUUCGAUAUUAUUCAUUCAUAAGAAAGUGAAUCAAAUGGAAUAUAGUAAAAGAAAAUUGUAUGUUGAUGAUACUGCUAAAACAAAUAUAUAUAAUAAAAAUUUAUAUGUUGUUAUUGUAAAAGAUGAUAAUUCUUUUAACCAACUUCUUUCAUUUGGAUAUUUAUUUGAUCAACCUGAAAUUUCAUAUAAACUAUUUUUUCAUCAACUUUAUAAUAUUUUAAAUUAUGGACAUGAAAUCAUUGUUUGUGAUCGUUGUAUUGCUCAAUAUAAUGCUUUGAAACAAAUAUUUCAUUAUUCUAAACUAUUUUUCUGUAGAAUUCAUAUAGAAAGAUCAUUGAUAAAAUAUUUUAAGAGUGAUCAUAUAAUAAUGAAAUUAUUUCAUUUAACAAUGAAUAUGAAAUUAAAUGAAAAUGAUUUAAUUGAAACAUGGAAAAGUAUUAUAAUGAAAAAUAUUAAAAAUAUUAAAGAAGAUAAUGAUGAUGAUGAAAAUACUUGUUAUGAUGAUAAAGAAAAUAAUGAAGAAGAAGAAAAUGAUGAUGAUCAGUUGUUUGAACCUGAUACAAGUGAUAUUAUAAAUUCAAUAGAUGGUACUAAUACAUUACAAGAUAAUAUUAAACAAUUAAUAGAAGAAUUAAAUUGA